CGGUGGCUGCGGUGACUCGCACCUCCCAGAGGGGCUCUCCGAUUCCUGGCAGGGUCAGCCCGGCGCUGGAUCGUGGAGCCCCGCACGACUCCCUCUGGCCGUUGACCGGGACUCCGCGUCCCAGAGUUGCAAGCAACUUUCCCUUCUGCUGACGCCGCUGUGGUGGCUCGGGGGCUCCGCAGCUCCAGCCACGCUCCCCGCACCCAAGCUCCGAUCGCGCUUAGGUCUCUCCGUCCAGGGCUGCACGCUGGGGGUCCCCGACCUCCCCUCCGCGGGCGAGAUGCCCCUGGGACACAUCAUGAGGCUGGAUCUGGAGAAAAUCGCCCUGGAGUACAUCGUGCCGUGCCUGCACGAGGUCGGCUUCUGCUACCUGGACAACUUCCUGGGCGAGGUGGUGGGUGACUGCGUCCUGGAGCGCGUCAAGCAGCUGCACUGCAACGGCGCCCUGCGCGACGGCCAGCUGGCGGGGCCCCGCGCCGGGGUCUCCAAGCGGCACCUGCGCGGCGACCAGAUCACGUGGAUCGGGGGCAACGAAGAGGGCUGCGAGGCCAUCAGCUUCCUCCUGUCCCUCAUCGACAGGCUGGUCCUGUACUGCGGAAGCCGCCUGGGCAAAUACUAUGUCAAGGAGAGGUCCAAGGCGAUGGUGGCUUGCUACCCGGGCAAUGGAACAGGUUAUGUUCGCCAUGUGGACAACCCCAACGGUGACGGCCGCUGUAUCACCUGCAUCUACUAUCUGAACAAGAAUUGGGAUGCUAAGCUGCACGGUGGGAUCCUACGGAUAUUUCCAGAAGGAAAAUCUUUCAUAGCUGACAUAGAGCCCAUCUUUGACAGACUCCUCUUCUUCUGGUCAGACCGCCGGAACCCACAUGAAGUUCAGCCUUCUUACGCAACCAGAUACGCCAUGACGGUUUGGUACUUUGAUGCUGAAGAAAGGGCAGAAGCCAAAAAGAAGUUCAAGAACUUAACCAGGACAGCGGAAUCCGCCCUUGCUGAGGACUGACUGGCGCGGAAAUCUGCUGACAUCGUUCAUUGUUGUGAUAGUUCCUGAGCUCUUCGGAAGAGCCGAUCCAAAGAUGGCCUCUCUCGUAACUCAUGACGAGAACCUCUCCCAGCUGCUGGAAUGCCUCCCACGGUUCACACCCCUGUCUUGUGUGUGGUACUUGGUGUCUUCUCGCCAAGACUUCAUUGGCCUUCAGACACCGUCUUUGCCAACUUUUUUGCUAACUCCAGAAAUACUUUGCUAACUCCAGCAGACAACCUUGCUGAUAGAUUUUGGCACCACUGGCUGUCAAGAUGCAAGCGUGACGGACAGGGGAGGGUUGGAGCUCACUUGCACUUUAUGUUCACUUUUGGAUGUGAAAAGAGAUUAGUGAAAGAAGGGGGGUGGGAUAUGACCGAUGCCACGGAGAGGCACCAUUGAAGCCUCAACAGCCGGAAGAAACAGAACUGUGCGCCGUCUGAACACUCUCCAGAUGUUCUUAAUCCAGGGCUGUUAGGCUUCUGGGUGAUGCUCACAGCCUAAGGAUAGCAUCUCCUCGGGAAAGGGCUGCUGCCACAGUCGUCACCCUGGAAGUGUCGUAUGGGACAGUCACUCCUUUUUCUGAUCCUAUAGCCUGGACUUUCUGCCGCUGGCCAUUUUCCUGAAAAUGGAGUUUGCUGGGGGGGAGGGGGGGGAGAACAUCAUUUAUCUUGUUUUCAUUUUUGAAUCUGGAAAUCUUGAGCCUAAAGCUAGGCAUUAAUUGUUGGGGUUGCUUUUUUCUUGUUGCAAUGGAAUUUGAAUUUCAAUCAAAGGGGGGGAAACAUCUCCUCAGUAGUCUUAGGGUCAGCUUCUGAUAACGGUGUAAAAAACCUUUGUCUAGUGAUCUCCAUUAAACGUGCGUGCAUCUGGAACAAUUGA